AUGACACUUCUUAUUUGUUUUCUUACCUUGUUUAUUAACUCUUUCAGUCAUGGGGGUAUUGUCGUAUUAAGCUUUGACAAGGCGGCAACCAUUGACCCUGAUGUACAGAGCAAUCGGGGUUUGGCAACUUGUUUCUCACAUAUAUCAUCACAAGGUCCCGUAGCACCGAACAGCGUGAAGGGAAAAGGGGUGCUGAACUUUUGCUUCCUGACCCGUUCCCUGACUGCAAACAUUGUGCCAUUGUGUUGGUCUUUUGAUCACCCUGCUCUUGUUCUCCAUCGUUACAAUUAUUUUCAACAGGUUAGCAGUUGUGUUUCAUAA